AUGUCCUCUCGCGCUCCUUUCGUUGUUCCCGCGCUCACCAAGCACACCGCUACGGUGAUUAUGGCCCAUGGUUUGGGCGACAGUGGUGCUGGAUGGAUGGCACUCGCCCAGAACUGGCGCCGCCGUGGCGUAUUCGACGAGGUCGCCUUCAUCUUCCCCAACGCGCCGAUGAUCCCCAUCACCGUGAACUUCGGGAUGACGAUGCCCGGCUGGUACGACAUCACUAAGCUCGGACGUGAUUUGGAUUUCGAAGAAGCCAUCCGCAACCAGGACGAACCGGGCAUCCUGCGCUCGCGCGAGUACUUCAAUAGCCUGAUCAAGGAGCAGAUGGACAAGGGGAUCAGCGCGUCGCGGAUCGUGCUGGGCGGGUUCUCGCAGGGCGGUGCGAUGUCGCUGUUCGCGGGGCUGACCAACAAGGAGAAGCUGGGCGGUGUGUUCGGACUGUCCUGCUACCUGCUCCUCAGCGACCGGAUCAAGAACUACAUCCCCGAGGGCUUCCCGAACCAGGGCACCCCGUUCUUCCUCGCGCACGGCCAGGAGGACGAGGUGGUGCGCUUCGACUUCGGCAAGCAGUCCAGCGAGAAGCUCAAGGCGCUCGACCUGGAGAAGGUUGAGUUCCACUCUUACCCUUAUUUGGGCCACUCCGCCGAUCCCGAGGAGAUUGAGGAUCUUGAGAAGUUCCUGCAUAGUGUUAUCCCCCCGGAGGGCGAGGGGCAGACCGACGGUGCUGCUGCUGGCUUAUGA